UCAGUGUCAGCUAUGAACACCAUGAUCCCUGUAAAAUGUUUUCUUGUGUUUGCAAUGCUGCCGAUGACAUGCCUUAUGCUGCAAAAUAAAUUGCCGAAAGUAUGCACGCCUGUAAAUUUUGACAGCUUCUAUAACACCGGAAAAAAUACCAGUUUAGCAAAUGUACUGGGAAUGUAUUGCAACGCCUCCUAUAUAAAGGACCAUCUUAGUGGACCAUGGAUUGGAAUUGCAGGUCCAGGAAUAACACGUUGCACAGUCUGCUGUGUGCAUAAAUUGGAUAAUGGGACACUACUUUACAAAGAAACAAAAGCCCCAAAGCAAUUUCCCUGUGGCAAAGACAAGAAAUGCAACGCACACAGAAGAUGCGUCAAAAUACAGAAAACAUGAAGUCCCGCCACUCAAACUUGAGCGUGUUAACAUUAGAGACAUCGUUCUUUUUUGGCUGCUGUCUGAUCAGUAAUCUGUAAUCUGUUCAAUAAUAAAUAAAAUAUUAC